AUGGACUACCCAAAACGACAAUUUAUGUUUCGUUUUCACGAAAAUAUUUACAAGGCGCAUGAUUUCAUUUUUGACAAGAAAACUACUCGAGAAACUGUGCCUCAACUCUGUCCCAUGAUUGUGCCUUCCAGUGCUCCACAUGCCACCUUCUGCACUGCCGCCUCCAACGAUGCCAGCAAUAGCACCCAUAGCAGAGGCUACGCCGUCUCAUCUCACACCUCCCCAUGGUGUCGCAAGAUGCGAGAAGAGCCUAUGAGUAUUGUGAAGAAGCGACUCUUAUCCCUACGAAUGUACGACCAUAUUAUGAACAAGAAUGCAAAUCAACACAUGCAGAUGCGACCAUUUCUCAGUCCAGACGCUCAUUGCCGUCAUGGGUGGGGAACUGUGGCCUAUGGAACUCCGGUAGGCGUGCUUAGAAGUCCAUAUCAGUACAAUGGAAGAGCGUGUCCAUGUUCUAACGGAUUGCCCAUGCGGAUGGAGUUCCCAGUCUACUACACACAGGGACCGUCCUAA